AUGUCAUUGAAUAUUUUGGUUUUAGGUAAUGGUGGUAGAGAGCAUGCUUUAGUUUGGAAACUUUCUCAAUCUAAAUCGGUUGAUAAGAUAUUUGUUGCCCCAGGUAAUGGUGGCACUCAAGUUAAUGGAAAUGUGAUUAAUGUUCCGCAAUUUUCAACUGAUGCUAAGGAUUUUGAAAAUUUGAAACAGUUUGCCAUUGAAAAAAAAAUUGGUUUAGUUGUACCAGGUCCUGAACAACCUUUGGUAGAUGGUAUUAGCGAUGUUUUCAAUAAUAUUGGUAUACCGGUUUUUGGUCCUUCUUCAAAAGCUGCUAUAUUCGAAGGUUCGAAGACUUUCUCUAAGGAUUUUAUGUUUAAGCACAAUAUUCCAACUGCUCGCUAUGCCAACUUUUCAAAUUAUGAAGAUGCUAAGAAUUAUCUAUCUGAAAUACAUCAUAAAAUUGUUCUGAAAGCUGAUGGUAUUGCUGCUGGUAAAGGUGUUUUGAUCCCAAAUACUCAAAAAGAAGCCCAAGAAGCUUUGAAAACAAUUAUGGUUGAAAGACAAUUCGGUACAGCUGGUGAUUCAGUCGUUAUAGAAGAAUUCUUAGAAGGUGAUGAAAUCUCUAUUUUAACUAUUUCAGAUGGUUAUACUUUUUAUAAUUUUCCACCGGCUCAAGAUCACAAGAGAAUUGGUGAAAAUGACACUGGAUUGAACACUGGUGGUAUGGGUGCUUAUGCCCCUGCCCCAAUUGCCACACCAAAAUUACUAAAACAGAUAAAUGAUACCAUUAUCAAGCCAAGUAUUGAUGGUAUGAGAAAAGAUCGUUUGCCAUUCAUUGGGAUGUUAUUUACUGGCGUGAUUUUAACAAGUGAUGGCCCAAAAGUUUUAGAAUAUAACGUAAGAUUUGGUGAUCCUGAAACUCAAACUGUAUUACCAUUAUUAUCUGACGAUACUGAUUUGGCUCAAGUUUUGCUAGCUGCAGCUGAACAUAGAUUAGAUUCUGUAGACUUCAAAAUUAAAGAAGGUCGUUACGCUACAACAGUUGUAGUUGCCGCGGAUGGAUACCCUGAAUUAUACGAAAAAGGUGAAGAAAUUACAGUCGAUUUUGCUAAAUUGCCAAAGGAUUCAUACGUAUUCCAUGCAGGUACCAAAUUGGACAACGGAAAACUAGUUACUUCAGGUGGUAGAGUUAUUGCUUGUUCUGCUGUGGAUCAAUCCUUAAGAGCUUCCGUAGAUAAAGCAUAUGAAGGUAUUAAUUCUAUCAAGUUCGAUGGUAUGUACUACAGAAAGGACAUUGCUCAUCGUGCCUUCAAGAAUGAGGAACAACACAAAGCUACUUCAAUUACUUACGCUGAUGCGGGUGUCUCUGUAGAUAAUGGUAACUUGUUUGUUGAAAAGAUUAAAGCCAAGGUAAAAUCUACUAGAAGACCUGGUGCUGAUUCCGAUAUUGGUGGAUUUGGUGGUCUGUUUGAUUUAAAACAAGCUGGCUAUGAUACUGAAGAUACUCUGUUAGUCGCUGCUACCGAUGGUGUUGGUACUAAGCUAAUUAUUGCUCAAGAAACUGGGAUUCACGAUACUGUUGGUAUUGAUUUAGUUGCUAUGAACGUAAAUGAUUUGGUUGUUCAAGGAGCUGAACCUUUACUAUUUUUAGAUUAUUUUGCCACUGGUGCAUUGGAUAUUAAAGUUGCUUCUGAUUUCGUUUCAGGUGUUGCUGAUGGCUGUGUAAGAAGUGGUUGCGCCUUAGUAGGUGGUGAAACAUCAGAAAUGCCGGGUAUGUACCCACCUGGUCAUUACGAUACCAACGGUACUGCAGUUGGUGCUGUAAACAAGGGUGAAAUUUUACCAAAAAUAAAUGAUAUGACUGAAGGAAACGUUUUAUUAGGUGUUAGCUCAGAUGGGCUACAUUCUAAUGGGUUCUCUCUAGUAAGAAGAAUUAUUUCGCAUGUAGGUUUGGAGUGGAGUGCUACUUGUCCUUGGGAUUCCUCUAAAACUUUAGGUGAAGCUACUUUGGUCCCUACAAAAUUAUAUGUCAAACCUCUACUUCCAAUUAUUAAGGAAAAAUUACUUUUAGGUCUAGCCCAUAUUACUGGUGGUGGUCUUGUAGAAAAUAUUCCUCGUGCUUUACCAGGACACUUACAAGCUGAUGUUGAUAUGUCAACAUGGACUGUCCCAGAGGUUUUCAAAUGGUUUGGGAAGGCUGGUAAUAUCCCAGUUGAUGACAUUUUAAAGACAUUCAACAUGGGUAUUGGUAUGGUACUAAUUGUUAAAAAGGAAAAUGUUUCAAGAAUUAAGGAAAUAUUAAAAGACAAGAACGAAGAUGUCUAUGAAAUUGGCUCCUUAGUACCACGUAAAGAAAACGAACCAGGUUGUAUUGUAAGAAAUGCUACUGGUUUAUAUUAA